CGUGUUCUCCAUUCCAUGGCUGCAACCAUCAAACCUCAUCUCCUCCUCACCAACGAAACAUCAUUUGCCUGUCCCAAGCAGUCGAUCUCGAGCAUGAAACGAGCUGAAAGUAACAACUUCGCGGCUCAAGCAGCUGCGAAAAGCGGUUCGAGAGCUUUGAUCGUGGAGAGGCCGUCGAGUGGAAUCGAGUUCGACGCGGUUGGGAGAAGAAGAGAGAGCAGAGGCAAGUUUGGGAUUUACGGAGGGAAGUUUGUGCCUGAGACGUUGAUGAGUAGCUUGGGCAAGCUUGAAGCUGACUUCAACUUUGUUCUCCGUGAUGCUAAAUUUCAGGCGGAGCUGGCGACAGCUCUAAGGGACUACGUUGGAAGGGAAACACCUUUGUACUUCGCGGAGCGGCUCACCAACCAUUACAAGAACGAGAAUGGAGAAGGACCGGACAUUUACCUUAAAAGAGAGGAUCUCAACCACUGCGGUGCACACAAGAUGAACAAUGCCAUCGCGCAGGCGAUGAUGGCCAAGCGCAUGGGCCGGCAAAAGGUGGUGGCGGCGACAGGAGCAGGCCAGCACGGCGUCGCGACCGCCGCCGCGUGUGCUAAGCUGUCUCUGGAUUGCACCAUCUUCAUGGGUUCCGAGGAUAUGGAGAAACAAGCUGCGAACGUGUUUUUAAUCAAGCUCCUAGGUGCUCAGGUGACCCAAGUGGAGGGGAGCUUCAAGGAUGCAAGCUCUGAGGCCAUAAGGCAGUGGGUGAACGACUUGGAGGGAAGCUACUACCUGACAGGGACGGUGGUGGGUCCACACCCAUGCCCAAGCAUGGUGAGGGAGUUCCAGUCCAUCAUAGGGAGGGAGACGAGGAGGCAGGCGAUGGAGAGGUGGGGAGGGAGGCCGGACGUGGUGGUGGCGUGUAUCGGGAGCGGCUCCAAUGCGCUAGGGAUCUUCCAUGAGUUCAUUGGGGAUGAGGAUGUGAGGCUGGUUGGCGUGGAGGCUGCUGGGUUUGGCCUGGACUCGGGGAGGCAUGCGGCCACCCUGGCCAUGGGCCAGGUUGGGGUCUACCAUGGAGCCAUGAGCUACUUGUUGCAGGACCAAGAAGGCCAAGUUCUUGGUGCCCACUCGGUUGGCGUCGGGCUACAGUAUCCAGGAGUCGGCCCGGAGCUGAGCUUCCUCAAAGACACAGGAAGAGCAGAAAUUUAUACCGUCACCGACAAAGAAGCUCUAAAUGCAUACCAAUUGCUAUCCAGAUUGGAAGGUAUAAUCCCAGCAAUGGAAGCUGCUCACGCAUUGGCGUAUUUGGAGAAACUUUGCCCGACUCUCCCCGAUUCCACAAAGGUUGUGGUGAAUUGCAGUGGACGAGGAGAUAAAGACGCACCUUUGUUCUUUCAACACCAACCCACCCUCAACGCACAAAACUAGCAAGCCGUAUAGAAAGUGUAAAUGUAAGAUUGCGUGAUCUCCUUGUCAAUGUCAUGGCCUUUAGGAUUUGGAGAGAACCCGACCGCAGUUAUCUCAUAAUUUCUACUGUACAACUAUAAUCCUGUAUGAACACUGCCGUUGGUCUAA